AUGAUUGUGAUUUACAUGGCCGCGCUGGAGCUUCCUUGCGACCCCGACGAUCAGAUUAAUUCGGACGCGAAGAAGAAACUGGAGCCGGUCCUUUUGCCAGGAGAAAUCGUCGUGAACGAAGUCAGUUUCGUGCGAAAAUGCAUCGCAACAGACACGAGUCAGUACGAUUUGUGGGGGAAGCUGAUAUGCACGAACUUCAAAAUCUCCUUCAUUACGGAUGACCCGAUGCCCCUACAGAAAUUCCGUUACAGAAACCUUCUUCUCGGUGAUCACGAUGUUCCUUUAACGUGCAUUGAGCAAAUUGUCACCGUAAAUGACCACAAGAGGAAGCAGAAAGUCCUAGGCCCCAACCAGAAACUGAAAUUUAAUCCAACCGAGUUAAUUAUUUACUGUAAAGAUUUCAGAAUUGUCAGAUUUCGCUUUGAUGAAUCAGGUCCUGAAAGUGCCAAAAAGGUAUGCCUUGCAAUAGCUCAUUAUUCCCAGCCAACUGACCUCCAGCUACUCUUUGCAUUUGAAUAUGUUGGGAAAAAAUACCACAAUUCAGCCACCAAGAUGAACGGGGUGCCCACGGGAGGCGGCGGUGCGGCCGAGGGUGGCAGCAGCCAGGAAACAACGCUCUUCGAAACUUACUCGGACUGGGACAGAGAAGUCAAGAGGACGGGGGCCUCGGGGUGGAGAGUCUGCGCCCUCAACGAGGGCUACAUGGUCUCCACGUGCCUGCCGGAGUACUUCGUCGUGCCAAGUUCCCUCGCGGACCAGGACCUGAGGACCCUCUCCCACUCUUUCGUCGGAAGGAGGAUGCCGCUCUGGUGCUGGAGCCACUCCAACGGCAGCGCGCUCGUGCGCAUGGCCCUCGUCAGGGACGCGCUGCAGCAGAGGAAGAUCGACCAGAGGAUUUGCAAUGCAGUGACUAAAAGUCACCCGCAGAGAAGUGACGUUUACAAAUCAGACCUGGAUAAGACGCUGCCCAGCGUCCAGGAGACACAGGCGGCUUUCGUGAAGCUGAAGCAGCUGUGCGUGAACGAGCCUUUUGAAGAAACUGAGGAGAAAUGGCUGUCGUCACUGGAAAGUACUCGCUGGUUAGAAUAUGUAAGGGCCUUCCUGAAGCAUUCGGUGGAACUCGUGUGUGUGCUGGAAGACAGGCGCGUCUCCGUGAUCCUCCAAGGUGAGGCUGCUGGGGACGUGCCCUGUGCUUCCCGCGCUCACGCUUCCUCACGCGCCGUCACGUCGCUCGUCCGCCCCGACGUCGCUGCCGGUCUGCAGCUGACUAACCCGCUGGCGGUUUGUGUCCGGCAGUCUCCCUUGUUCCUGCUGUUCCUGGACGCCACGUGGCAGCUGCUGGAGCAGCACCCCGCCGCCUUCGAGUUCUCCGAGACCUACCUGGCCGUGCUGUGCGACAGCACGCGCAUCGUGCUCUUCGGCACCUUCCUGUUCAACUGCCCGCACCAGCGCGUGCGGCAGAGCACGGAAUUUGCUAUGAGCAAAAACAUCCAGCUGGGGGACGAAAAGGGCUUAAAGUUCCCCUCGGUCUGGGACUGGUCUCUUCAGUUCACGGCGAGGGACCGCACGCUUUUCCGCAACCCGUCGUACGUCGGGAAGAGCGCGCCGCGCCUGCCGACCGGCUCAGCGAAAGCCUCCAGACGGGCCAAGAAAACCUACAGCUCCACGCUCAGGGGGCCGCCACCCUCGCUGGAGAACGGGCUCGCCCGUGACCGGGAGUCGCUGCUGCGGAGAAACUCGCUGACCGUCAGAGGCAGACCGGACGCUCCGCAGCACGGCCACGGCCAGAGCGGCGGCCCGAGCGCCGAGCAGUUCUUCCAAGAGUGGUCGGCCAAGCCGCCGGACCCGCACGGGGUCCUCCUGCCCUGCCUCUCGGGAGCGCACAUCAAGCUGUGGAAACUCUGCUACUUCCGCUGGGUCCCCGAGGCCCAGAUCCGCCGCGGGGGCUCCAUCACCGCCUUCCACAAGCUGUCGCUGCUGGCCGACGAGGUGGACGUGCUCGGCAGGGCGCUCCGGCAGCAGCGGGCCGGGCCCCUCGAGGCCUGCUACGCGGGGCCGCCCCAGAGCAGGAUGUACUUCCGGGCCAGCGGCCCGCUGGACGCCGCGGCCACCCCGGACUUCCUGUCCUCCUCGUUCCCCUUCUCCCCCGUCGGCAACCUGUGCAGGCGCAGCAUCUCGGGGACCCCGCUGAGCAAGUUCCUGAGUGGGGCCAAAAUAUGGCUGUCCACGGAGACGCUGGCCAGCGAAGACUGAAGCCGCGGGGCCCGCACAGCGCGGGGCCGCGGGCUUGUCCCGCGGCGACGGCCACGGUCGGCCUUCGAGGCGCUCGUGGUC